UGCUUGAUGCUGUUUACAUCGUACGCACGUGUUUACCUAACGUAGAAGGAAUAGGAAGGAAUUAAUAUCUCAAAUUCUCGAUUUUAUUCGGUGAAAAAUAUAUGUUCCUGUGGUAAUUUUCGCCGCAAUAAUGACCACUAGCCUUGCCGCCCAACUGCAGCGCCUAGCUGCCCCACAGACGUCGCUGCUGUACGACAGCCGCAAGAAGCCUUCGAUCCUAUUCGAUACCAAUCAAGCUGCCUCCAAGGACCGAGAAGUAAUCUAUGACAUCGGAAUCAGUGGUUUGCAGGAGUUGAUUCACUUGAACCCAGCUUUUGCCCAGUUCGAGGAUACUUUGUUUGACAAAACGGCAAUUGACUUGCAGCGAACGGUGGAAAACAAGGAGCUGAAUGUUAAGUUGAACUUGAACAUCCGGAAAUUUUUCUUCCAUCUUUCGCCGUACUUUUUGCUGCAACCGGCUCACAAAUGCUUAGAGUGGUUGAUUCGGAGGUUCCACAUCCACGAAUUUAACCGGGAGGACUUUGUCCGGUUGAUUCUUCCGUAUCACGAAACGCUGAUGUUCGUAAGGUGCGUACAAAUUUUGGACAUACCCGGAAAGAACGAUUCGUUGUAUUGGCUAAAUGGAGUUAAAAAGAGUGGCAGUGCUCUGGCGAAGAAGGCAAUAUUUAACCAUGCCGUUGGUUAUCCGGGUUUUUUGAGGUCCUAUGGAGAAUUUUUGGAACGAGCUGUGAAGGAACUAGACAGUAAGGCAAAUGCUCUCCAAGCAAUGAUUGCGUUUUACUGCACGACGGCGAUCGGAGUGCUGGACGCGGUGGAUUCAGUAGGGGAAAAUCUGGUGACCGCCAUCCUGAAAACUCUUAGCAAGGGUUUGAGUUCGAAAGCGAUUGAUUUUACCGCAGCAAGCUAUAUGAUUAUCGGACUUCUAAUCACGAAGGCAAAUUUGGCGAAGAAAUCCUUGGAAAUUUUCCUAAACAGGUUGUGUGUUUUGAUCCACCCUUCCUUGGCGGGAGAUGCAGCUAUGCUAAUGGUGUUGAUUGUCGAUACACAAAGUGGGCAACUGGGGGAACUUUCGGACAGUUUGAUAGCAUCAAUUUUGAACGCAAAGUGGCUUCCAUUAACUUUGUCACGGAUCAAGCAGGAUGGAGUUAAUGUGACGCCUUUGUAUCGAGCUAUUUUGAAGAAAUGCUUGAAUAAAAUCUGUCACCUGGAAGAGGACGUUGAAGCAUAUAAAACCUAUUGCGAAGGUCUACUAUUGGAGAUAACAUUGGAUGCAGAUGAAUCAGAAACCAUUGUGCAAUGCGUGUUGGAUUCCUACUUCCACAAAAAUACCACUUCAGUGGCAACACACACUAGUGUAAACGAUUCGGAGGUUAUUAGUUUGGAUUCGGACGAAGAAGAUUUCGAGCGUAAAGACGAUUCCGUGACACAGUGGUAUUCGGGAUUCUUGAAGCAUCUUGAGAACCAAUAUCCCAAUAGUUUUGAUAUCGUCGUGAAACGUAUAAUGAAAGGACAGAAUACUUUCUCCCAAAAUAAGAGAAAUGCCCUGAGGAACGUACUUGGUUUCCUGACGCAAACUGAAUACAGUGAGGAUGAUACCAAUGUCUUCGAGAAUCUUUUCCACUACGACGUAGAUCGCCGAGCGGAUGCUGUUCGAUAUUUGGUGGACAAUUUCAACAAUAUUAGUCUAAAAGCAGAUGGGAAUUGCGAAUUGUUGAAGGACAGUGUGCAGGAACGCUUGAAUGACGAUAAUUGGGAAGUAGUCGUAGAAGUUUUGAAGUUUGAUACGGCGGACUUGAUCAAACUAUUGGGCAAGGACGAGCUAAUCGAAAAAUUGAUUAGAAUUAGCUUGAAAUGUUUAAGAGAUCUGCACAAAUGGGAAGCGGUGGCGUCAAAAAUAAUUGACCUCCUUACCGACAAAAAGCUCUACCAGGGAGCAAACCUUAAUAAGAUCAUAAUUGCCCUAUAUCCAUUUUUAUUUCCCCCGGAAAACGAUGAACUAGGGACUCAAAUGGCACAAAAGGUGCUAACGUCGGAUUUUUCCCGUAAGCACAACAUCCUCAUGCUAUCGAAGAACAAGAUGGAUAACGUGGACUGCGAGUCUAUACUCAACACAUUGGAACUGAUGCUCGGUGAAGGACAGCAUUGUCACGCCAUUCAAGCGUGCUUCAACGUGCUCUUAGUGGUUUCGUCGCUUCCUCAAGAUGCACCAGUCCUGCUAGCUACGAGGGUGUUCGAUUUCGUUAUACGCCUUCUGCACGGACGCUUCAAGUAUGCUCCUUCGUCCAGCUUGAGCUGCUUAAAGCACAAUCGACUUCCUAUGGACAUCCACGUGAUUGCCACUGGGUAUUUGAUUGAUCGCGUUCGAUUUGUUCACGAAGUUCAGGAUUAUUCCAAUCAAUCCGCUUCCUUGAGCUUGCAGUUGAAGAUUUUUGGCCUACUGGUGGAGAAGUAUUUUGCUAUGAAAGAGGAGCAUGGAGAUAUCAGAAAAAUAUUUGGCCAAGAAAUUAGCAAGUUUUUGAAACAUGUAUACCCGCAACCGGAACACAAAGUGGAAUUUAUGACCAGUUUCUAUGCGGCUCAUUUGGUUGAAGGCUACAAAAUGGGGAAGCAGAUGACGGACGUUCAAGCAGAGGUGCAAGUCGCUGCUUUUCGGUUACUAAAUGCAAUGCUUGAGCAAAUUGCCUUCAACAUGAAUCCGGACAUUCUGGCGAAUAUUCUUCUAGGACUAACCUCUGAACUGCCUGUCAUCCGCGAGUGUGCUCUAAAAACACUUGAAUUAAUCGCUUCUGGCGAUAAAUGUUCCCUGGAUCCGCCCUACCGAUCAUUCAUUAAAAAGCUCCUUAAGCGUCGCGAAGAGCUGUCGAUGGAUGGUGAACAACUGUCCCUUGUGAUGUUUACGGUUUUUUCCUCCGACAAGAACAGACUACUGAGAAACGUUCUCGAUGAUUUGGUUAACAAAAUCACCCGCUCGGACACGCCAGAAUACGUGGCGGCUGGAUUGCUGAACAUCUUAAAGCUUCUGGACGACGAGAAUAUUUUUGUUCAAGUUGUAGCUCGUAGUAAUCGGAUUUUGAAACGGGUCGCAUUGGGCACCAACCUUUCCUUUGAUGUGUUUGAAUCCAAAUUUAUGAAGUUGUUAGUGGCAAGAAUCAAUCCAAACACUACCAGCAAUUUGACGCGAAUUGACAGCUGCCGAGAGUUUGUCCAGCUUGCGCUGAAAAAUCAUCUUCCUUUGCGGUGCUUUGAAAGGAAACAUGUGUCGACAUCGAUUCUGAUGAUUGAUACUUUCAACGAAGAGCUUUUUGGUACACUAUCUGAUGCUUAUGCUGCGGAAAUUGUGAAGUUGGUGGUGGAAGCUGCAACAUUUUCGCAAAAUCCUGAAACGAAUAGUGCUGCUGGAAAGAUGUUUAAAAAUUUGAAAUUAGAUGCUUCUUUAGUACUGGAGCAAAUAGAGCAAAUGAAGACACCGCCACAGAGUAGCAAAGUUUCACAGAGAAGACAGAGAAAAUCGUUGAUUCCUACCGAUUCGGUAUUUGCCUCAAACGAGUGGAAAUGUGGUGUGACUUUACUUGAAUUACUUCAGAACAAAAAACAUCUGAUCAACAAAGCGCUUCUAAUACCAAAGAUGUUUGAAAUUCUAAAGUUCUGUUUGGACUUCGAGGAACAGUCUGCGGUAGAGUAUGUGAAACAGAUGAUCCUGUCUCUGCUGUUUAACUGCUGUGUUAGCGCUGAUGAAAGUACUGAAAAAACUUCCGCUAUCCCGGAGAACUCUUUCAAGGUUGAACUGAUAGUGCAAUGUAUUCGUGCUACUCAGAAUCCGCAAACGCAUCACCAUGCUUUGUUACUCCUAGCGCACGUGGCUCACCUGGUUCCGGAUCAAGUUUUGCACAACAUGAUGGAGAUUUUCACUUUCAUGGGUUCGUCUAUUGUUAGACACGACGAUGUUUAUAGUAUCCAGAUAAUUUCUAAAAUUAUUGAAACCAUUAUCCCAACUUUGGCGAUGGAAAAGAAAAUCCCAGGAAAGAAGGAAGAAAAAGUUCUACCAAUUUUGAAGAUUUUCUGCGAUGUAAUUUUGGACGUUCCGGAACAUCGCAGAAUUCCGCUGUACAUGAAAUUAAUCCAAACGUUGGGUGCCGCUGAGUAUCUAUGGAUGUUUUUGGGCGUUUUGUUGGAAUCAGAUGUCAUGAAAGGUGGCAAAAAGGCGGAUAUUGAGCAAAAAGCUGGAAACAAGCAACAUAGAAUUGAAUCAGAACAAUUUAGCAGGAGAAUAGUAAUUGCGAUGAAUAUCGCCAGGGAAUUUAAACCGGAUGUUAUCAUGGAAACCUGUAACCAGCUGUUGCAAUAUAUUAUGGAGUUGCCGGUACAAAUCGAAAAUAAAAAAGAUCGGAUGCAGAUUGAUAUUACAGACACGACAAUCUUCAGUGUCGACAGCCAUACGAAUAAGCAGUUGAGGCAUUAUCGUUAUUCUACGAGUUUGUUCGUUAGCGCAUUGAUUCGUUCGACAGAAGUUAUCAACAAGAUCGCUUUGCUGGAUGACAAAGAAACGGACGCCAUGAGGGUAUAUUAUCGGGAACUUAUCGUUAGCAGCCUGGCGUACAUUAAUGUGGUAGCCAAAAUUGUGGAGAAGGCCCGAAGCGAUGAAGAUCAACGUGAGCUUACUUAUUGGGAGAUCUCGUUGACUAAGUGCUACGAAAUCCUGGAAGGAAUUGUUUCCCUACUUGCUCCUGCAAUGAUGAUAACUGUUUUUGGUGGGCUGCUUAAGCAUCGCUUGGUAAUUGUUCGUAUGAAAGUAAUCGACAUCUUUAACAAGAAGCUGCAAUACAAUUCAAACUACUUCGACGAAAGUCAUCAUCCGAAAUUAUUGGAAUUACUAGGACCACUACUGCAACUCGUCAAAGGAAUCCUUACUGAAGUAGGAGUUGUAACAAGCCAAUCGGGAAGAUACAAAACUGCUCAGGAAGCGUAUUUGUCGUUUAAGCAUCUUUCGAAGCUCCUAGCUCCAAAACAUCCGGUCGAAUUCAAACAAGUUCUGCAAGAAUUGGUUCAAGAGUUACAUGACUACAAAAAGGAUCCCAAUUUGUCGCUGUUAGCUUCACUAAUUCUUUGCAUUGGCGAAGUCAGCGUUAACGUCGGCGCGCAUUCAAUUCCUUUCCUACCAAAGUACAUCCCAAAGUUAAUCAAAUUCAUCAACAUUCAAGUUCAAAAGGCAGAUCCAUUCGAUAUCUUAACCAGUGGCAUCGUAACAUCAAUCUUGAAGAUCGUCGAUUCCUUGUCCCGUUUUCUCAGUCCUUAUAUUCAAUCUAUAAUAGUGGGAAUUGCCAAACUUCAAGCUAAGCUUGGCAAUAACGAAGAUCCUCGCCUAACAAACAUCUCCACACGUCUGACAUCAAUAUGGGAUAAACUGGGUUCUCAAAUUCCUCUGCGCUUGCUUAUCCCGGCUAUCGAAAGUGGUUUUGUGUCAGUAGUCGAGGAUGGAUCAUUGGACGCUCUUGGUCCUCUUAUGAAGCUUCUGUCCAAUGCAUUUGACAAUAUUCAGACCAGCGAGUUAAAUUCUCUUCAGUCGGAAUUAUCGGACUUCUUUCUUUCGGCCCUUCAGUUCCGGUGUGACAACUCAUCGUCGGCCAAAUUUCUCCCAAAGUCAGUUGACAUCGCUGAGGAGCAUGUCAUCAAAGCCUUUGUCGUGUUGAUUUUAAAACUAUCGGAAAGUACCUUCCGGCCGCUGUACUACAAAGUGUUCGAGUGGGCCAAUCGAGAUAAUUCAACGAACGAUCGUGCCAUUACGUUCUUCAACCUAUCCAGCCAUGUUGCCGAAGCUCUCAAGCAUCUUUUCGUCCUGUUCGCCAGCGAGCUAAUAACGAACGCCGCCAAGCUUCUAGAUGCCACUAACGCUGCCAAGACCACCGAUGAAGAAGAUCUAUUUUUCCCGGUGCCUGGCAAGAACGUCACCUUGAUUCGGUAUAUACUGCGAACCUUGCUGAGCAUCCUUGUCCACGACAAUCAGAACUUUAUCAAUUCAAUUCGAUUUGAUACGCUACUGCAGCCGCUCGCUGACCAGUUGGAGAACACACUCAUAUUCGAAGAUAACGAAAUCCGUGGUUUGGUGGUGAAUUGUUUGGCACAAAUGACAGUCGCCGUUGCCGAUGACACCCUUUGGAGACAAUUGAACCACCAGGUCCUGAUCAAAACGCGCAACAAUGAUCCGGAGAUAAGGCUGUUUGCUCUGCAAGCGUGCACCGAAGUAGCUCGCAAAAUUGGCGAGAACUUUGCUCCACUUCUACCGGAAACCAUACCAUUCCUGGCCGAGUUGCUGGAAGAUGAAAAUCAAGCAGUGGAGAAGGCUGUCCAGAAGACGGUUCGCGAAGUGGAAAAAGUGACCGGUGAGCCUUUGCAUAAAUAUCUAUGAGUGGAGUACUAUUCGAUCACAUUCUACUGAACCUUAUCAAGUAGGUACCAAGCAGGCCUUUGUAGUAAUAUGUUUGACAGUGUUUUGAAAACAGUUUUGCUUCAAAAUAAAAUUUAAAAAUAAUGUUUAUUCAUUAUGUGUGCAAUUUGUUGUAAUUUGCUAUUGAUCUCUAUGUGAAUAUAUGUCUACCAGUUAUGAAGAAAGAUAAACCUGGAUUGGUCGUAACAAAA